UGGUUUAUUUUGGUCUCCGGAUCUACAAAAUCAGACGUCUCUGAAAUCUCAAUCUUGUCGGUUCCGUUCACAGACUGAGUCCAACUGGAUCUACUCCAGGCUGAGGUUCCAGCCGCAUCUCUCCUUCUCCCAUUUUUGGGUGUUUCUGGUAACUUCUCCAGGCUGAGGUUCCGUUCCCUAAACUUAUUCACCUCUCUAUUUCCAUUUUCUCUGAUUCUUCUGCUGCUAAUCUAAUUGAUGAACGAUUACAAUUUGAAUUUUCAAUUUAUUUAUUUAUUUAGAGUAUUAAAUUGUGGAACUGUUGUAUUUGCUCAUCUCAUCUUAUUAUCAACCCUCUCCCAGUAAUUCUGCAGUAUAUAAACGUUUGUGUUUAUUUUCGGUGAAAGGACUUGUAGAAUCAAUGCCCUUUUUCCUACUGAACAAAGAAAACAAAUUUGAUUAGUUUGCAUGUAUGUAGUAAAUUUACAUGGAUGCAUUGUAUCAUUGUGUGUAUUCGUUUUGAGUUCCCUUGUGUAUUGUUCUUGUAUAUAGUAUAUGUGAAAAACGAGAUUGAAAUACUACGCAAAGGUCUCAGGUGUUACAAAUUAACAUUAUACUCACAAAGUUUUUCUUUUUGUAACAUUCGACAUUUUUGUUUGGAAGUGCCUUUAAAAUGACUGAAAACGUUUUUGAUGAAAGCACUAGUUACUUAAGGAGCUUUUUCAAGAUUCACUUGCAUUUUUACUAGUUUUAACAUGAUUUUAAGUUUAUAGAGUAACGAGUGAAUUGAGUUCCAAUUUGGACCAUGCAGCUUGAUUGUUUAUCAUUCAAUUCUCUAUCCCUUCGAUGUGCCCAAAAGUUACUUAGUGGAUUCGGAGUGUAAUGAUAAUUGAUCAUUUAAUUGUUUUCCGAGUUUAUUUAAUUUCUAACUUCCAAAAUGUUUGAUCAAUAUGAGUUUGAAGUUGGCGUGUUACCAUUCACUAGGAAAAGUGAAAACAGUGAGCAGGCUAUCAAAUUUCAUUUAAGGAGAAGAAUGGGAGAUGUUCACAGCGAUGCUUCCUAAGCAAAGCCUUCACGUUUGACCUUCAGAAGAACCACAAGGACUAGUAGCAUAUAUAUAAAGCUGUGUCUAAAGCUUUUAGCUCUAAGAUCCAAAAAUGGAAUUUUUGGAUGAGGACGCAAGGCCAAGGUUCCUUUUCCAAUCCAAAGCAGUAGCUUCUUCUGCUGCAAACCCACAACCCUAUUACAAUAAUCUCAGCAAACCAUUCUUUUUUUUAACCGUCUUGAUCUCAUUUCUGUUACUGGGUCUUGCCUUCUUCUUCCCCCAAAAUGAACCCUACCAAUCUCUACUCAUUUGGGCCGCUCUCUCCCUCCUCAUCAGCCGAUUCGCUCCUGCACCCGUCACUGGUGGUGACAUACGGGUUGGUCACGGCCCAGUCAUGGACUUUCCAGAAAUUGCAACCCAUGUAGAGGACGAAUCGAAGAAGAGGAUGUCUCAAAAGAGAUCAAAACUGCGUCGGUUUGAUGAAUUGGGGACAGAUUCGAUGCCGGUGGCCGAAACUGUUGGUGGGUCUUUGAGAGAAGAGAAAAAGUGUGAGGCUUCCGAAGGUAAUGGUAAUGGGUCAGUGGUUUUUGGUGAAGAGAUGGAGUGGGUUGAGGAGGAUGCUGAGUUUUUAAAGAAACUGCUGUUGAAGCACCCGGUGGGGAAGCUGAGACGGUGGGAGGUUAUUGCCGAGUCAUUUCAAGGAAGGCAUAAGGUGGAGAGUGUGAUCAAGAAGGCCAAAGAAUUGGGAGAGAAGAAAGUGAGUGAUUCAGAUUCAUAUGCAGAGUUCUUGAAGAAGCGUAAGCCCAAUGACAAGAAAUUUGAAAGUGGGAAUCUAGAGAUGGGUGAUGAGUUGAUGGCGGAAAAUGGUGAAGUGAAGAAAGAGAGUUGGGCUUCUACUGAAGACAUUGCAUUGUUCAAUGCCCUGAAGGCAUUUCCAAAGGAAGUGUCAAUGAGGUGGGAGAAGAUUGCAGCUGCUGUGCCCGGGAAGUCGAAGGCUGCUUGUAUGAAGAGAGUUGCUGAGUUGAAGAAGGGUUUUCGGAGCGCCAAGGCUGCUAGCGAAGAGUAGAUGAAGAUUGACUGAUCAAUUUUGAACCGGAUAUGCAUUUUGCAUUGAGGAGAUAAUUUUGAUGAUUAAUGUUUGUUUCUUUGAUUUUGUAAAUUAAAAUUGAGAAUUGUUGCCUAUGGUUGAUUCAUAGGCAAUUUCAUAUCAUAGUUCCAUUGGAGUUUGGUGAUUGUCAGCCAUUACAAACAUGAAUGCUGUAACUCAUACUUCCAUCUGGUUUCAUCCAAUAUCAUUUGUAUAAACUCCAUGGGAUGACAUAGAUUUUACAAA